AUGAAGCAUCUUUAUUUUCUUUCGCUGCUCUCUGCCUUACUUUUUGAUGUUGCUCUUUCGAAAUCGAUGAGAUUUAUGGUACUUCCUUUGAGAUUUCCAAAAUGUGAAGUGGAUCCGAACAAAACAGAAGGAUGCAAUAGAGAGAUGCGGGUGUUUGGACCAAACUAUCAAUACCGAUGCAAUUGUAAACAUGCCAGUUCUUGUGACUUUCAGAAUAAUGGUAUCUGCCAGAAUGACACCUGUUUGUGGGGAUUUGGUGGGCCCUACUGUCAACAAGUUGCUUACGAUGCAUCCCCCUUUAGAACUGAAUACAUAAGUCUGAAGAAUUAUCUGGAAACUAUCGGCACACGUAAAUAUGAUAAUCUCCGAAAAUUUAGAUAUUAUUCAAAUGAAAAGUGCAGAAUCAUCUUUCAUCAAAAUUUCAGGAUUAAUUACAUGAGCCUGAAUUGUCGGUGGAAAGAAAAUAUAACCAUUUAUUUUGGACCAAACAAGAUUUAUGAAAAUGAGUGUCGACACGAGGCUCAGUUUAAUGGCAGUGUAUCUAGCGAAAAUGCAAUUAUCGGGGUGACGUCACGUGUAUUUAUACAUUUGAGUGGAUGCAUGCCAUUAUGGUUCGGAAUAGAUUGUGAUAUGCAAUGCCAUUGUGCAAAUAAUGCUGAAUGUGACGUGUUGACCGGAGUUUGCCCACUGGGAUGUGAAAAUGGAUGGAGAGGUCACAAUUGUCAAGAAGUCAACUUUGAAAAUGUUGCUUUAAAUAAAAAAGCAAAGCAGAGUUCGACCCAGAAUAAAGGCUUAAUUUUUAAAAAUGGAACCUGUCAGACGGGUGAUAUUCUAUUUUCGGCCAAUUUAGCAGUCGAUGGCAACAUUAAUCAACAAGUGGAAAGAUUUUCGUGUAUGCAAACUCAAAAAGAGAUGAAUCCUUUCUGGGAAGUGGACCUUGGGAAAAAAUACAACAUCUCUCAAAUAAGAAUAUAUAAUAUGAAUUCCAUGAGAACAUUUUAUUUUGGAAGAAUUUCUGUUUUUGUUGAUGGUGAAAUUUGCAAUAAUAAUACGUUUAUAACACCGACGGCGCCCUCUGUUAUCGAUAUAAUGUGUACAAAUGCUUUGCCUGGGACGUCAGUUAAGAUCAUCCACAAUGGAUUUGCAAGUCUUCACUUUUGUGAAGUUGAAGUAUUGCAAUGCUUACCCGGCUACUGUGGUUACAGAUGUAGUUUCAACUGCUCGAAAUACCAAACUGAAAACGAUCACCAACUACCUGGACAGUACUAUGACAAUUCAAAUGAAUUGAACAACUCCAAAGCAGAGUUUUACAUAAUUCCUCUCGUCAUUGGAAUUUCCAUAUUAAUCGUGGCCAACGUAAUACAAGUGAUUUUCUGUCUCUUGAGGAAAAAGUCAAAAACUAAAACAGAUGCCAAAACCGAAGUCAAACCAAAACCAGCUGAAAUGAAAACGAAUUCAGUAAAAGACGUGGAAUAUAGGAACGUAAAUAAUGCAGAAAAUGAUGAGAAUUUAUAUGAUACUGCGUCGAUUGAUACCGCGGAGGGCGUUAUCACAAACAUACAUUGCGCCGAAGAAAACCUGUAUGAAAAUGAAUUUGAAAUUGGUCGAGGCACCAACCGCAGUAUUGAAGGCGUCUCUGCAGAGAUCGGCAGCGGACUUGAUAAAUAUUCUCCAACUGGCCAUCUGCAAAAACCAACGUGA